AAUACCUAUUUCCUAGGAACUGUUGACUUGUCAUAACAACAACGGAUGAUUUUGUACACUUGGUGUUUAUUCUCAUUAAUGUUUACAGGAAACCAAUGAGUAUCGUCUUUGCAUUAUUUUUAUUGUGAAGAUUAUAUUGACUCGUUGUAAUGAACAACGAUCUAAAUAUUAUAGAAAAUAUCGAUGUAUCGGAUAACAUGUCUCCGAAGUGUCAUUCCUUUGUGUGAGUUGAACGGAACCUGAUUUUUACCUUUUCAUUCACGUCAUUCUCAUUGAAUGGCAUUGAAUGCGUCUCUAUUCAGCAAAAGCCUUCAGUUACAAGUUUGAUUUAACCCGCAAUGGCGACCUCAUUGCGCGACGCUUUGGCUGUAGCUCUGAACAUCGAGGAAAAAAAGGCAUGCGCCUCUGUCUCGGCGGGGCAAAGUUCACAGAACGAAGUUUGUUUGAACCAAACUUUAAGUAAUUUUCCGACGCCUCAAAUUCAACAAAAGAAGGCUAAUUCAUCCGAAGAAUCUACGCGUAACAUUUGCUCCAAUCAAGCGCCAGUUGUAGACACAAGUUCAUCUUCAACGACUGCGACAGUUUACGCGGUCGUCUCCCAACCCUCAGAAAUGAGUUCCAAAACGGGCGAAUCUGAAUCUGCCUCCCAGUCCUUCUCAGCGGACUCGACGUCUGAUGUUCAGGCGUCCUACGCGAUUGCGUGCGGUGAACAAAUUUCUUUUAUUAAAAGUAUUGAUGGUUUUUUAAUAUACGUUCCAACCGGUGCUGUAGUUGAUGCAAAAAGCAGCGAUCCACUCGGAAUAAUUCAAGAUGGAGUGACCAUUUCUCUGCCUGAGAAUAGCAAUUUUCCCGAUUAUUGCAUUAAUCCCAAACUAGGAAUUUCCUGCGACGGCAACGAGACCAGUGAAGUUAUCCCAAAAACUGAAGUUGCGUCUCCAGAGACCAACUUAGAAGCCUCUGAGACUCUCGAAGAUCGUCUAGCGAAAAGGAACGCUUUGCUUCCACCUCGACAGCGUCGCAGGAUUGCCCCUGAUCCUGCGUUGACCUGCGUGAUAUGCACUCGAGUGUUCAGGACGACCAACGCUCAGCGUAAACACGUCGCUGUUUGUAAACGGAGACUUGAUAACAACCUCGACCAAAAAGCAUUAGAAGAUCAAUCUCGUCAUGUAUGUUCAGUUUGUCGCAUGGUGUUCCCUAGAGUGCUCUUGUUACAAGACCACAUCAAUUUCGUACACAAUAAGAAACGUCCGCUUACCUGUCCUCAGUGCCCUAAAAAGUUCUACAGACCCCACGACCUGAAAAUUCACCUGAAUAUACAUUUUGGUAUUAAGAAUUACGUGUGUGAUACGUGCGGGAAACAGUUUCAUCACAUAUCUAACCUUAAAAGGCAUCAGCGAACGCACUCGGGCGUGCGGCCGUAUGCGUGUGAAUUGUGCCUAAAGCGCUUCUCACAAGUUGUCAGUCUUCGUAUGCAUAUGAAACGUCAUAUCAAUGUUAGUGGUGCGACUCAAUCUUCCUUGAACACGAAGAAAUCUCGUAGUUUUUAUUGUCAAUUUUGUGGCAAAACUUUUAACACCAAAGCUGAACGUGUUACUCACGAAAAAGAAACGCACGAAAACGUUCGUAAAGCCUGUUGUAGUUCGUGUGGUCGGGAUUUUGCUUCGACAGAGGCGCUGAAGUCUCAUAUUUGCCAUAAACAAGCCGGUAAACUUAGUACGCGGUGCUCCAAGAAAAACAAAUAUUUCAUUGCCAAAAGCCCUAUGGCGGUUUCUACCUCGAACGGAGUUCGAAAUGCGAUUCUGCCAGAAGCCUCGGGGAAUGAUUCUUCAUCCCCUAGUACAAAUGUCGAGACGUCCCAAAUGGAAAACUCUGGUCUUGAGCGUUCUUCUAUAUCAGACCUCAUAUCAGCUAAAUCGCCCCAUUUUAUUAACAUUAGUUUAGAUUCGGACAACCUUAUGACGACGGCUAACGUCUGUACAACUGCGACUCGUAAUUGCAGUGUUGACACGGUCGUUAUGUACCUGUCUGCUAAUGGCGGCGAUCAUUUAUCGUAUGUUGCUAAGGACGCGUCUCUUUUGAACAGUGACGGCAUUAAAUCGGCCACCAAUGUAUUUGAGCCCAACGAGACCAUAGUAAUUGAUAUGUCAGAAAAUUCUUUGAAUGAAUCAAAGUCGCGCGAUUCUGUGAUCGACCCGAACGAAUUUUGUUUGCAUCCAACAGAGGUCACUUCACAAGCGUCCUCGAAGAAGGGUGAAGUUGAAAAAUUUCGUGAUGCAUGUAUAACUGACAGGCAAACCGUGCGUAAAGAUAGCCUCGACGUAACCACCGAGUCCAUUGAUGGUAUUAACUUUAAUGAAGAGGUACGCGUGCACACAAAUCUUGUCGAAUCUGCUGAUAUAGACGACCAAAAUAAUGAUAGCUCGAGCAUUGAUGGAGUUGUAAAUAGAACAUCGACAGCUUCGCCUACAGAAAAUAUUUCCCUUAUUCCUUCUGAUAUCGACGUUUUGAGACUUGGCAUCGACGAAUUGCUUGCUGAAGAUAAGAGUAAUUUCAAAUUGUACAGCGCAUCUUCUAGAAUGUUUGAUGAUUUGGGCCGUGUGGUUUUAUCAGUCAGUUCUGCAAAUCUAGGUACGAAUGACAUCGAAAACCAUACUUCUGGAGUUUCGAAACCGUUUCUAAAUUACAAUUCUAACUCAUUAAAAGAUGUGAGCAACAGCACUGAAUCUCGAAGCGUAAAAUGUUGCAAAUCAGAUUCUUCUGAUGUAUUUGCACACGUUCGACCAGGACGGAAGAUUCUGCAUUCUCUCAGGAAUGUCGCUGCAAAUACUGCCUCGUCAAAAAACAUUAAAAAUAAAAACUCUUUAAGGAGUUCAAAUUCCGUGGGAAAAGAAGCUGUUAGUCUUACAAAAACCGGUAAAAUAACCCGCGUUCACGCGUCUUCUGGUCGCGGCAUCGACAAGGAGAAAGACGGCAUCACACAUUCGACUGCAACAACGGACAUCACUUCCGUUUCUUCUUCAGACGAUAAACCAAGCUGGGAACUCGUUACUCCGAGUCAAGGGCCAUUCCCGUGCCAAGUUUGCUCAAAAGUCUUCAACCGUAAAUGGAACUUGGAACAGCACGAAGGCCUUCAUUUUCCUGAGCGACAGCGCUACUUGUGUCGCUUGUGCCAGCGGUCGUUCGCCUACAGGACGACCUACCUCGCGCACAGGCGCUCCCAUGACCACACCACCACGACCGUGGCCUGCCUACACUGCGGUAAGGAGUUCAAGAGCAGAGGCGCGAUGAUGGCUCACGAGCGCAGGAUCCACCAGAGAACAAAGCCCCACAAAUGCUGCUCCUGUGACCGCUCCUUCCACCAGCGCGCCGAGCUAGCGUACCAUCUCAGACUGCAUCGCAAGGAGCAGCCGUACGUGUGCUUCACAUGUGGCCGCACCUUCGCCCACUCGUCCAACCUACUGCGCCACGAGCGCCAGCACUCGGGCGAGAAGCCGCAUCGCUGUCCGUAUUGUUUACAAGGCUUCAUUCAAGCGGUUGGUCUUAAGCGUCACUUGAAGAAGCAUCACUCAGAAAAUCAUCCCCUGCAGCGCUACCCUCUGAAAACGAGCAGACAAGAGGGCGUACAAUUCUCAAGUAAUUCGCUGAAAACAAGAACAUGUAAGCCAGAGGACCUAUUGCACCCACUCAAAUCGCUGCCUCAUGCACCGCCUGCCGAGCCUCCCGCAAACAAGGUUUCAACAUCGUCACAAAUUUAUAAAGACAACUUGGGGUGCGACUCUACGUUGAAACUCCGAGUCGAUGGCAUAGAAUCCAGUCAACAAGCUUCGUUAAGUAAUAUUGGAAAUGGUCGCCUGCAGAACAAUAAUCAGACCGAUAAACCUGCAGAUUUUUCUUCAGUGCAAAAUAAAAAUGAUUAUGUGGAGUCAUUCUCAGGCGUUACGCCUGAUGUAGCCUGUCCCGAUAUUACCGACCACGCGAUGGCCAAUAUAGGGGAUGUAUAUGGCAUCAUAUUCAUGCAGUAGAACAAACUAUUGCAUGUAUCAUAGCCGGAUGAACUGGUAACGCGGCACAUUUUUCCGACAGAAUCAUGGUCAAAUGCUAAAUAUGUAUAUUGUAUGAAUUAGUACAAUGCCAAAGAAAACAUUUCGUAUUGCUCAUACAAUUUAUCCUUUGUAUUGGUGCCAUGAACAAAUCCAGUAUUGGAUUGUUCAUGCACAAAUAUCAUAUUUUUUUAACAGCGAUGUUGCAGUUAGCGAUAGCCUCCGAGUGCGAGUACAUAUCUUUUUGGCAAGAAAGCUUGUGUUACUGAGCAAUGUGACCUCAUGUCCAUACUUUAAAUUAACUUCUGCUUAUGUUUUGUAGCUGAAUUUUAUAAUAAUAAACAAUUAUAGCGGUUUCAGC